AUGCUCAUGUUAGUACACUUAACGAUCUGGAACUUCCUCAAUCUAACAUCCAAGUUCCACCUCCUUCUUCCAGCCUCGAGCGGUAACAAGAACCUGUGCCGACUCCUCCUCUCCUCCAUCAUCAACGACUACCCUGUCCCCGUACUUGUCAACUGGGACGCAACCGAGACAGAGGAUGUCUUUGACCAGCACAUUGCGAAAGUUCAAACGACAUUAGACUACCUAAGGCAAUUUCCCCCAGAAAGAGAGAACGAACUGGUCUUGGUGGUUGACGCAUUCGAUGUUUGGUUUCAAUUGCCCCCGGAAGUGCUCCUUCGGCGAUACUUUGAUAUGGUGAAAAUGGGCAAUGAGCGUAACGAAGUGACUUACGGUAAAGAGACAGCUAGAGAGCAUGGCCUGAAGCAGACAGUCUUCUUCGGAAAUGACAAAGCUUGCUGGCCAACGGAAGAGGAUGAACACCCUGGACGACUUGCCUGUUUGGCGGUACCACAAUCGACACUGCCAAAAUAUGCACUGGGCCCUGUAGAUGACGAAGAGCAGCCCAACGCUGAGAAAGACAACUACCACGCACGGGCACGGUGGCUCAACUCCGGUACCGUCAUAGGACCCGUCAAAGACGUACGAGCCUUUUUCGAGGCUGUAGGUAAGCGAGUGCGCGAACAUAAUACUGUCAAGUCGGACCAAUUCUAUUUCGCAAGAAUAUGGGGUUGGCAGGAGUAUGCGCGAAUGGAGCUUAUGCCUAACAACACUCUACCCGACAAGGAUAAGAUCACGCCACCAAAUGUGACGGAUGUCAUCCAAGACCUUGGAAAAGUCGAAUUCAAUGUCGGCUUGGACUAUGAAUCCUCGCUUUUCCAGUCUGUUGGAUACUAUGAUCCAUAUCUUUCGUGGCUGAAGUACGACGGGUCCAUACAGAAUGGACGGCCAAAGGACGCGUCUAUUCCAUACAUUGAAGACUUCAAUUUGGAUGACGAUAUCAUAGCAUCGCGACCCCCACUAGCAGUUAUAAAACUCCCCAAGAAAGGCAAGACGGCUGAAUAUACGAAGGCUUUAUUUAAUUACGCACAAAACAUCCGAGUCAAACAGUGGCAUGAGCUACCGUUACUUACGAAUUUGGUCACUAAACGCACACCUACACUAGUCCAUUUCAUGAUGGAGAAGGGAUAUAGAGUCAAAUGGUGGGAUCGAAUGUGGUUUGCUCCAUUUGCAAGGGAGCUAUUCCGAGCAUCAGUCCUAUCCACGGGUCUGCCGAUUUCCAAAAAGCCAAUCAACGGGACCAUUUGGUUCAACGCAGAAGAGCCCGUGGUAUCGCAUAAUUUCGACAACAUGGAACGCAGACGCGAUGGCGCAUGGAGCGAUAAAGGUGUCUGGAAUGGCUGGAACCAGCUUUGCCAGCCUUACGAGGAUUAUGUUUUCACAGCAGAUCAGCAUGACCAGUACAGUAACAUCGGUGGUUGA